CGUUUUGGAAUCAAAUUAUAAUAUCAAAAAAUCCCCCCACAAACAAAAUAAGGGAAGUGAUCAUAUAUAAUAUGGCUGAGGAAACAACAACGCCUUCUGCAGCAAUGGAGUAUCCGAUUGAAGCUGCCUCCGGUGUCCACUUCUCCGGUUUACGUCCCGACGGCCUUCUUAUCUCCCCCGCGUCAUCUCCAGCUUCCUCGUCUUCUCAACGUGUUUUGUCCUCCUUCCCUGCAAGCCCCGGUGAUCUUAGCGCACCUCACAAACAGCCCUUCGUCAUCGGGGUAUCGGGAGGUACGGCAUCGGGCAAGACGACGGUGUGUGACAUGAUAAUUCAACAACUCCAUGACCAUAGGGUUGUGCUUGUCAAUCAGGACUCAUUCUACCGUGGUCUAACAGAUGACGAAUUGAAACAUGUCCACGAGUAUAAUUUUGAUCACCCAGAUGCAUUUGACACAGAACAACUCUUAGAGUGCAUUGGCAAGCUUAAAUCUGGUCAGCCUGUUCAGGUACCAAUAUACAAUUUUAAGGACCAUCGAAGGUGCUCUGACAGUUUUAGACAGGUCAACGCAACUGAUGUAAUCAUAUUGGAGGGGAUAUUGGUUUUUCAUGACCAACGUGUCCGCAACUUGAUGAAUAUGAAGAUUUUUGUUGAUGCAGACGCUGAUACAAGGCUCGCCCGAAGAAUAAAGCGUGACACUGUUGAGAGGAGCAGAGAUGUACACUCUGUUCUUGAACAGAAGUAUGCCGAUGUCAUCAUACCCCGGGGUGGCGAGAAUCAUGUUGCAAUCGAUUUAAUUGUGCAGCAUAUCCGCACAAAGCUUGGUCAGCAUAACCUCUGCAAGAUAUAUCCCAAUCUGAAUGUAAUUCUUUCUACAUUCCAGAUAAGAGGCAUGCACACACUGAUUCGUGACAGGGAAAUAGCAAAACAUGACUUUGCUUUUUACUCGGAUCGUCUAAUUCGUCUGGUGGUGGAACACGGUCUUGGUUACUUGCCUUUCACAGAGAAGCAAGUAAUCACUCCUACAGGAUCAGUGUAUACUGGAGUUAAUUUCUGCAAGAAAUUAUGUGGUGUAUCCAUUAUUCGAAGUGGAGAGAGCAUGGAGAACGCACUACGUGCAUGCUGUAAAGGAAUUAAAAUUGGAAAAAUCCUCAUCCACCGUUCAGGUGACAAUGGGAAACAGCUAAUAUAUGAGAAGCUUCCAAAAGAUAUUUCACAACGGCAUGUGCUCCUUAUGGAUCCAGUUCUUGCUACUGGUAAUUCAGCCAUCCAAGCAAUUGGACUUCUUGUACGAAAGGGAGUCCCAGAGUCUCAAAUUAUUUUCCUCAACCUCAUAUCUGCUCCUGAAGGUAUACAUCGAGUAUACAAACAGUUUCCAUCACUAAAAAUCGUGACUUCAGAGAUUGACGUGGCACUAAAUGAUGAAUUCCAUGUGGUACCAGGGAUGGGAGACUUUGGUGACCGCUACUUUGGAACUGAUGACGUUUAGCUAGCUUCUUCUUUGCAUGAUGAGACAAGGAGGGACUUUGAACAGAAUACCAAUAAGUUCUUAUAAAAAGAAAACAGAAUACCAAUAAGUAUCAGCACCAGCCUAUUUAUCUAAUCAUGAACCAUCAAAUAUCACUUGGCAACAUCAUUCCAUCCAGUAAGAAACAAGCGAGGAAUUAUGUAUACCUUGGGUUCUCAUAUUCCCAUUUAGGAAAGGUAAACUGUGUUGUGUUUCUGAUCCAAACACUGAACACAGCUCCGUCGAACUAAGGCUGGAAAUAUAUUUCUCUCAAGUUUGUAAAGUGGGAACUGCACUGCAAGUAAUUAGACGCUUUUUGACCAUCUCAUUUUGCAAUUCAAUGGCUUCA